UCCCAUUGGGCUGGUUGAGUGCAUUGUGUUCGGAGCUGGCAACCAGUGAAACCUGUUUGGAUAGUGAGUGAAAAACGCAAUGAAGGUCCGAACCUGUCUCCGAAGACAUGCGCUGCUCCUUGCCACAGUCCUCGCUGUGGUUGUUGGAUUCACAGUCGGACUGCUAUGUCGUCAGCUGAAACCUACCCCUGACCUCAUUAUCCUCAUCUCAUUCCCAGGGGAGAUGUUUCUACGGAUGCUGAAGAUGCUGAUUCUGCCUCUGGUAGUUUCCAGCAUCAUAACUGGUCUUGCUAACGUCAACAGCGGGUCAGCCGGUAAGAUUGGCUUGUAUACCAUUAUCUACUACAUCGGUACAACAGUAUUGGCAACAAUCAUUGGCCUCAUCCUCGUUCUCACCAUCAGACCAGGCGAGGUUGCCAACAACAACGUAAUGGCUGCCAGGUCAUCAGGUGAUGCUCCUUCGGCUACAGCCCGGGACGUGUUCCUGGAUUUAGUCAGGAACGUUUUCCCUGAAAAUGUCGUUCAGGCGAGCUUUCAGACAAGUGGUACUGUGUAUGUACAGAAGGCCACAGGGGUAUCACUACAAGAGAACUCUUCAGCUGCAAACACUUCAAGUACCAAUGAUACAUCAUCCGAUCAAAGCAGAGAAGACGUAUGGUCUCCGAAAUCUGUCUACAGACCAGGCAUGAAUACUAUAGGAAUAAUCUGUUACUUCGUGUUCUUUGGUGUAAUCCUUGGUCGCCUUGGCAACAAGGGGAAAGUGGUGCUGCGUUUCUUCACGGUUGUUAAUGACAUUACCAUUAAGAUGGUACUGUUAAUUUUGUGGUAUUCUCCAGUCGGGAUAAUGUUCUUGAUUAUGGGGAAUAUCCUGAAAGUGGAGAACCUCGCUGACACCGCCAAACAGCUUGCUAUCUACAUAAUAACAACUUUGACUGGUCUUGGCAUCCACAUCCUGAUUGUCCUUCCUCUGCUGCAUCUGGCCUUGACGAGGAAGAAUCCUUACAGAAUCAUCAAAGGAAUACCACAGGCCGUUUUAAUGGUUUUUGCAACUGCAUCAAGCUCUGCAACUCUACCCCUAACUAUUCGAUGUUGUGAAGAAAACUUGAAGAUUAACACUGCCAUCACUCGUUUUGUGCUGCCGAUAGGGGCAACCAUCAACAUGGACGGUACCGCCAUCUUCCAGGUCAUAUCGGCCGUUUACAUUGCCCAGAUACGUCAGAUACCGCUACACAUCAUCGAAGUCAUAGUACUAAGUUUAUGUACAGUGUUGGGCAGCGUGGGCGUGGCUGGAGUGCCCAACUCGGCUAUAAUGGUACUGAUGGUGAUCCUGUCAUCUGUAGGUCUUCCCGUCGACGACAUCUCCAUCCUGCUGGCAGUCGACUGGUUCCUGGCUCGGAUGCAGGGUAUGGUGAAUAUAACGGGAGACUGUUUUGCAGCGUCUAUGCUGGAUCAUUUCUUUCCAUACACGGCCGUUGAACAGAAAGUCGUCGACGAUGCCGGGAUCACGGAAAAUGAAGCCUUUCAUUCGAUUACCGACGUAUAAAACGCACAUAUUUCUCUGAUUUUACGUCACAUAUAAAAUGUUAAAAGCAUGUAUGGGGGAAGACCAGGUGAUCUGUUACAUGGGCAUGUGUUGCUGGACGUUUGGAUUUCGUUCGAAUGAUCAGUGUAUUGCACCGUUAAAUCACGAUUGCCAAAAUCUUCAGAUACCUCCAUAUAUCACCCUGCAUUGGUAUGAGACACGGCACGAACCAUUUCUGCAUUUUAACUAUUAACCAUAUGUUUUCAAAAUAAUCGUAAAUGUAUCCGGUCAGCAUGAUCCUUUUGGCGGGACUGAACAGCUAGGACGACACUGGUCAUUGUGCAUAGAAGGGUCACUGGGCAGUACGACCGUGAUGACAUACAGUGUUCCACGUCUUCUCUGUCAAGGCGAUUACCGUGCACGUAUCGCAAAUGACUGCGAUACCUGCAACAGUAAAAACAUCCCCAGAAUGCAAUAACAAAAGAUGAGCACCCCUCUGAGCACAUCUGGGUCAUUGUCGAGAGACGUGGACGCCAACGUCAAAGGCCACGGGCUACGCCAUCCGAACAAGGUCAUCCAUUGCAAGAGGCGUGAACAAGACUCAAUCAGACUGUACUGAUUUUGUAUUGAUUGAUUCAGCAUUAUUAUUGAGGAUUUCCAAUAAACCGUUCCGCUUGAUAUCCAACUUCCGUGAAUACAAUUGGAAAACACUCCUGA